CCAUCAUGCAAAAACCACAUUAAUAUCCUCAGUUGUCUCUUAUCUCUACAAACAUUAUUUCUUCUGAAAUUUCUAAUUCUCCAUUGCCCAUAUUCUUCUCUCAAAAACAGAUUUCUCAGUUUCAUAUCAGUCUCUGUUUUCCACUCACCUGCAAGUGAGAAAUGACUAACAAAUCAAGCAAUCAAAGCAAGAUAGGCCACUGGAUCAAAGCACCCAUAAGGUUCCUUGGUAAGGCCAGGAACCAAUAUAUCAGAUUCAUGUAUAGCUGCUCCGAUUUGGCCGGCCAUGGUGACGACAUGGGCGUACCUCCUGCCUACUUCUCCUCUGUACCCUUCAGGACUUUUCCUUCUAGCAGUGCCAAUAACCUUCGAAAUCUGGUGAGAGGUAACUCCGAAUCCAAUACUUUGAAUAUAGUUGGCUCUAAGAUUGUGAUUAGUUCUAAGAGUGAACUGGUGAAGAAUGUAGAGAUGGAAAUCCUGCAACUCAGGCAGCAGAGGCAGUCUCAAGCCAUGGGUACCAAAGUGCAGAGCAGGAAGUGCUGUAAGGUGAUUGGGACUAUAGAUGAAGACAACCCUUGUGAGUUCAGUGAUGAUUUGAAGGUGGGAACUGAUUUUCUGCAACAACCAACUAAUAGAAGUUCCACUGUCACCAAGAGAAUUGAUGUUAUUGUCUGA